AUAAACAAAUGUCCACAGGGUUCAAGUCAUGGAGGAGAAUUCCCAAAUACUUGAAAAUGCUCACUCUGAAUUUAAACGGCAGAAUUAUGAACAGGCAGAGGAACUGUACACGAAGUUUAUCGCUUCCUGCUUACAGUCCAGGGAAUGUGAAGCUAGUGAUUUAGCCACUGCUUAUAACAACCGCGGACAGAUAAAGUAUCUCCGGGUGGAUUUUCAUGAAGCGGUAGAGGACUAUACUUCCGCAAUUCAGACUGACAGCCGGCUUGAAACACCUUCCUACAACAGAGGACUCAUCCACUAUAGACUAGGUUUUUUCGACGAUGCCAAGAGUGACUUCCAGCAAGCAUUAAAGCUCAAUCCGGAUUUUGAAGAUGCCAAAGUGAGUCUGCAACAGACAAUUCUGGACCAGCAGCACAAGAUAAACAGGGGAUACUGAAGACCUCAUAAACUACAGAGUGCAUGCUUUAUAUGUCCUGAAAUCUGAAAGCAUGAGCUGUCCCCGAUUUACUGAAAUUUUAUGUACCUGCACCAUGUAACAAAUCAAAAUGUCUUUUUUAAUCUGAAGAUGAACAGUUUUGUCAUUUAAAGAUGUCAGCAAGAGGAUGAAUAUAGAAGAGAAACGCAAAUUACAUGAAGCACAAGCAAUACUACAGCUGAAAAAGAUCAGCUGAGACACUCACCUGGAUUCUUGCUAAGCAAGCUUCCCCUGCUCUGACUCAAGACUCUUCCAGUUGGAAAACUUGUAAUGGCCUCGUAAAUGAAAGUUUAUGGUUGCAUAAGUCUGUGAGUGGACAGCGCAGACUGAUCGACCCAGGCGCACCACAUAAGACGAUGAUCUUGGGUUUUACUGUUAGCAAUAAAGACACUGGGAGGAUGUUUGUGACUAUAAACAUACCAUAAUCUAGCGGCAGCAUACAGUAAUGAUAAGAAGUCUUUCAUCUGUAAAGGGUAAACUGGUUUUGUGUCUUAAACUGAAGCCCAGUCACAGUUUAAGGUGAUAUAUGGAGUUAAGGAAAGGUACUCUUGACUGUGUGGAUUACUUGAAUAAUUAAAAAAAAUGUUUCUGAUGCUCAACACAAAUGUAUAUAUGUUUUUAAUCUGUGAACAAUUAUCUUUCGCACACUACUGAUGAAUGUGUGUUUAUUCUACACAUGUACAGAUUCUUCAGCCUUUUUUAUAAGAAACUGCAUCCGAGGUGGGUGGAGAGUCACUAAUGUGGCUCACCUGUGUGUGUGAUUAACUGAAAUAUAAAUCAGCUGGUGGCGGCUCAGAAUAGCAGUCAGCUCUGCUGCUUCAGACUUGGUUAGUUGCUGGGGUCUUGCUGGG